AUGUCUCUUACCAGUUACAUCGAUCCUGAAAAUGCUCCGAACUAUGAGGAUAUGGAGAAACAAUUCGCAGUCAAGGCUGUCCAGCAUAUGACUGUCUACUGGUCCAUUCUCGAAAAGAUGCCUGGAUCAAAACUUCGCCUCACCAGACUAGAUGACGAGAUCUUGGAGCACUUGAAACGAGAGUUUCCAGACUUCGAUCCCGCCCAAGAGAUUGAUGAAGAUCAAAUGAAGAGCAAAGAGGGGAAGGAAAAGUGGCGUAACUUUGCCAUGGUCUAUGAAAAAGGUGACAAGAAAAUCGAAGACUACAACUUUGGCACUAUGCUGAGGAAGAGUCCAAAGACCGAGUAUGGGGAGAAAGAGACAAUCUUUGCUAUACGGAUGCAAUUCUAUGCAAUCGAAAUUGCCCGAAAUCGCGCCGGCCUGAAUGACUGGAUUUAUGAAAAUGCUCAAAAAGAGACCAAGAAGUCUUAA